AUGGAACCACACAACAAAAAGAGAUUCAAAGACGAUGCGGUCACAGGAUUCCACAACAAUGUUCGCAUUGUUUUACCAAAAAUUGAAGGGACUAAGAGAAAUUCAAGUCUUACGGGAUCAGAAACUCAUUCUCUCAUCACAAGCGCUAGCUCAAUCACCCCCGAGAUGGACGACGACAGUGACCUUGACGAGAUGGCGCUUCAAGAAGAAGACGAGGACGAAGAACGAAACGGGAGAAAAGAUGGCGAAGAUGAGCCCAAACAAAACGUUGAUGACGAAUAUCAUCUGAUAAAACUUUCUGCGACUGCUGAAAAGGAAAUUCGCCAAAGGGCUAAACAAACGUUGAAAAAAGAACUGACGAGGCUACGAUACGAAGCUGCCGCAAAAAGAAAUGAAACGAGAAGAAAAUUUAAAGUCGUAAUUGAAGAUACGAGGUCACAACUUAUUGCAACACGGAUUGAAGCUGAGAAAGUUUCUAUCGACAGGCUGGAAGAAAGAGCAGGUAAGCAGCAGGCUAGAAUAAUGCAAGAGCGAGCACAGCGCAAAAAAGAAGAGAAAGGUAAAGAAGUUGAGUAUGGCGAUAGAAGCAAGGCGCAUUCUGAAGAACUCGCUUCUCUCCGGAAGAUUCAAGCCGAACUGGAUCGAGCGCGUGCAAGAAGGAAACAUAGUCUCGCUGCUGUGUUGACAACGGUAAACGGUAAAGCGAAAGUGGCGAACCUUCUGCAGCAUGAGGUGAAAAGAUUGGAGAGAGCUGAGGAAGUACAGAAGAUUAUUGUGGAACUUCACUCUUUGGGAUUAACCCAAGCGGCCAUUGAUCUCACACACGCCCUCCAAGGAAAGGAAGACUCGGAAAUGGAGUUCCGUAACCAGUUACACGCUGAUCAAAUGAAGGCUAAGAAAAAAGUCUCUAUGCUCGUGGAAAGCGAAAUAGAGAAAGUUCGGAAAGAAUGCAUGGCCGAAAUGGAACGAAAAGAAUUGGAACGAUUAGAAAAGGAAAGGCUGGAGAAAGAAAGAGAGGAAAAGGAACGGAGAGAACGGGAGAUGGCCAAAUUAAAGAAAAUGGCACGUGAUAUGGCUAUGAAAAAGAUGUUCAAAGAAUCAAUGUUUAACACGAGCGUAUCAAGACCAUUUAGCUUUUCAUACUUUCCUUCCUUGAAGAAAUGAAUUAAAUUCAUUUUUAUCUCAGCUUAACAGGCAACAUAAG